UAUCCACUAACAUAUGUAAGAAAAGAACUAGAUUCUUCAGUGCUUCAACAUGAACAGCAGCCACCAGAACAUUUACCAACUGGACAGGACCAGAAGGACCUCUGCAGCAGUCAGGAGGGAGAGCAGCUUGUCCAGAAGCAGUUUGUUGCUUUGAUUGAGACUUCUACUCUUCAGGAAGAUGAUAUGAGUGAAGAAAAGACAAGAACAGAGCAGCUUUCCCUUCAUAUCUGUCCAGUGGUUGAGAGCAAAGAUCAGGAAGGAAGCAGCUCCUCUGAGUCAGAGAGUCAGUCUGAUAUUGGCACAAAGAAAAAAUCUUACAAAUGUGACAUUUGUGGGAGAUGUUACACACAACAGUGUAAAUUGAAAAAACAUUACAGAACCCACACUGGUGAGGGACUUUUUUCAUGCCAAACAUGCGGAAAGAGUUUCUGUCGAAUUAAUGACUUAAAUGUCCACAAGAAAAUUCAUACAGAUCAAAGACCUUUUUCAUGCAAAUCAUGUGGAAAAAAUUUCUCUCGAAUUAGUAAUUUAAAUAUCCACAACAGAAUUCAUACAGGUGAGAGACCAUUUUCAUGUGAAUUAUGCGGGAAACGUUUCACGCGAAAUAAAAAUUUAAAUGACCAUAAGAGAAUUCAUACAG